AUGUCAGAACAGUUAUCUCUUCAGCGUGUUAAUCAGUUUUGUUUCCAAAACUCUUGUAUUGUGUCGUCAAUUGAAAGAAGUGGUGGUCCGUGGUUACUCUGGAAAGAUGAUGUUACUAUUGAAGUUAUUUCAAAAUCAAAAAAUUUAAUACAUGUUACUGUUCAGAAUGAUGGGUUAAGAAUUCCAUGGCACCUCUUAUGUAUUUACGGUCCUCCUGUUCAAACUCAAAGGGCUAGUUUCUGGAGAAACAUGACAUUAUAUGUCCAGAACUUUGAUGGUUGCAAGUGUUUCAUUUGUGACUUUAAUGCUAUCUCUUCUGGUACUAAAAAAAUUUGGAGGGUUACCGGUCUUGAAUUCAAAAAUUCAAAUAUCUCUUUCUUCAAUGAAUUCAUUCAGCAGAAUCAUCUCAUAGAUUUGGGUUACAACGGACCAGCUUCUACUUGGACUAAUGGUAUGGAUAUUGAUGGAUUAAUCCAACAACGUCUUGACGAGGUUUUGGCCAAUCCUAAAUGGUGUAUUGGUUUUCACAUGGCAGCAGUCCUUCAUCUACCGAGAAUUGCAAGUGAUCACUCUCUGAUCCUUCUCAAUACUUGCAGAAACGUGUCGAGAGCUCCUCCAAACUAA